AUGUGUUGAAAAAUUAAAAAAAAAGUAAAGAAACGAAAAAAAGGAAAGAACAAGGAAGAGAAAAAGAAAAGAGUGAAAACGUGCUAAACAAGCAUUAUUACCUUGCCUUGCUUACAUCUGUUGAAUUGUUCAGAUAUUCAUAACCUGCAACCACUGCGACUAGAAUGGGAAAAGCGGAAAACAAAAAACACAAAGCGAGUGCAGCAAAUCAUGAAGGCAACGAUAACGGUUCUCCUCCCAUCCGAUUACCACACCCUUUGCAAUUGGAAGAAAAGAAAUUUCUUCUAGCAGUAGAACGUGGAGACAUAGGAAAUGUACGUAGAAUACUUCAAAAAUCCAACCGGUACAAUCAUAUCAAUAUCAACUGUAUGGACGCAUUGGGCAGACGCGCCUUAACUUUGGCCAUAGACAAUGAGAAUUUAGAAAUGGUUGAGCUUUUGGUUAUAAUGGGCGUAGACACCAAGGACGCUUUAUUGCAUGCCAUUAACGCUGAGUUCGUUGAAGCCGUUGAAUUGUUGCUCGAGCAUGAGGAAUUAAUCUACAAGGAGGGCGAACUCUAUAGUUGGCAAAAGGUUGACAUAAAUACAGCUACGUUUCCACCGGAUAUAACACCGCUAAUUCUGGCAGCCCAUAAGAACAACUACGAAAUUUUGAAAAUACUUUUAGAUCGAGGAGCAGCCGUCCCUGUACCUCAUGAUAUCAAAUGCGGAUGUGAUGAAUGCGUCCGCAUGUCUUCUGAGGAUUCUUUGCGACACUCAUUAUCGCGAGUGAAUACUUACAAAGCUUUAUCCAGUCCUUCACUAAUAUGUUUAACUUCAAAUGACCCAAUUUUGACGGCUUUUGAACUGUCAUGGGAACUACGAAAUUUAGCUUUUACGGAACAGGAAUGCAAAUCCGAAUAUAUGGAAUUACGUAGACAAUGCCAAAAAUUUGCUGUGGACUUAUUAGAUCAGACGCGAACUUCAAACGAACUGGCUGUUAUUUUAAAUUACGAUCCAGAGAUGUCCACCUAUAAGCCAGGCGAUCGCAUGUCUCUGCGUCGUUUAACUGAAGCCAUAAACUAUAAACAAAAAAAGUUUGUAGCGCAUUCGAAUAUUCAGCAGUUAUUAGCUGCUAUUUGGUAUGAAGGAUUGCCGGGUUUUCGCCGUAAGACGCUCAUGGAAAAAUUUUUGUGCAUAGUUGAGGUAGCAGUUCUGUUUCCAAUAUAUUGUUUGAUAUAUAUGGCAGCGCCAAAUUGCAAGACAGCGGUCUUACUGCGAAAGCCGUUUAUGAAGUUUCUAAUACAUGCCUCAUCAUAUUUAUUCUUUUUAUUCAUCUUAAUUUUGGUUUCCCAACGAGCGGACGAUAAUGUCAUACGUAUAUUUGGCACGGAACGUAUGAAGCAAGAGUUGUCCGAAGAACAAUUGCGUCAACGUGGCAGAGGACCAACCAAAUUAGAAAUUUUGGUUGUAUUUUAUUUAUUCGGAUUUAUAUGGGAAGAAGUACAAGAAAUCUUCACUGUAGGCAUUCAUACCUACUUACGCAACAUGUGGAAUUUCAUUGACUUCCUCAGAAAUAGCUUAUAUGUUAGCGUGAUUUGUCUAAGACUCUUCGCCUAUAUGCAGCAAUCCAGCGAAAUAGCACGUGAUCCGGCAAUGGCUUACGUCCCACGCGAAAAAUGGAAUGAUUUCGACCCGCAACUUAUAGCAGAAGGCUUAUUUGCUGCUGCCAAUGUUUUUUCAGCCUUAAAAUUGGUUCAUUUGUUUUCGAUAAACCCCCAUUUAGGUCCUCUGCAAAUUUCACUGGGCCGCAUGGUUAUUGAUAUUGUGAAAUUCUUUUUCAUUUAUUCACUGGUUCUGUUCGCAUUUGCUUGCGGCCUUAAUCAAUUGCUCUGGUAUUUCGCUGACUUGGAGAAAAGUAAAUGCUACGUAUUGCCUGAUGGGGAGGCUGACUGGACUGGUCAUGCCGACUCUUGCAUGAAAUGGCGUAGGUUUGGCAAUUUAUUUGAGUCAUCUCAGUCUCUGUUUUGGGCUAGCUUUGGUAUGGUAGGCUUAGACGAUUUCGAGUUAACGGGCAUUAAAUCGUAUACUCGCUUCUGGGGCUUGUUAAUGUUCGGGUCGUAUAGUGUUAUCAACGUUAUCGUAUUGCUAAACCUUCUAAUAGCCAUGAUGUCAAAUUCGUACGCUAUGAUUGAUGAACAUUCUGAUACUGAAUGGAAAUUUGCUCGGACAAAAUUGUGGAUGAGUUACUUCGAAGACAGUUCAACGUUGCCACCACCUUUCAACAUAAUGCCUUCAGUUAAAUGGUUAAUUCGGUUCUUCAGGAAAUCGAGUAAAGAAAUUGAUCGCAAACGUUCAAAGAAACGUCAACAAAAUGAUCAAGAAAAUAUUUACGAAAAUAUUUUACGUUCGUUGGUCUGGCGAUAUGUGGCUGCCCAGCAUCGUAAGUUCGAAGACAAUCCUGUUACAGAAGAUGACAUAAACGAGGUGAAAAGUGAAAUAUCAACCAUGCGUUAUGAGAUGUUGGAAAUUUUCGAAAACAGCGGAAUGGAUAUAUCUUCUGCUGUUAAGAAAGAAAAACCUUGUCGCGCCAAGAGGACAAAAGUGUGGGAGCGCCGCCUUAUGAAAGGUUUUCAAGUAAUGCCCAUACAAAGUCAUUACGAAGAACAAGGCAAUGGAAACGUAAACGCAAUUGCAGAUAUGCAAGAGAUAAAAAUUGAAAAGGCUUCUUCCCGUGUUGAAAAAGAAACGGCAAAGGAACGCUUUAGGCGAGUAGCUCAUACAGUGGCAGCACAAUCUGCUACGCAUAAAUGGAACUUGGUAUUGCAGGGUACGCUAAAAGAUUCUCAGAUUGGCCGAUGUAAUGAAGAAAGUUAUAAAAAUCUGCAAAAUCUCGGCAAAGCAAUGGAGGAAGCUAGAAAACUUAUACAAAUUAGCUCCCAUCCAACGAGUGAUCGCGAGUCUCCUAUACCCAUACAGUUUGAAGAUGAGAAAGCCACAACUCUUAUGGAAUUACUGAGUAAAAUAAGCGGAGAUUUACAAGACACAAGCAUUGACGCUGACAACAAACGACCACGUGUUGCAGAAGUUCGAAAACAGACUUUGCCGUGGAAAAAAAAUAGCCAAAUGACUAAGAAGCGCCAAGAAAGCGCGGCUUCCGUAAACUCGCAUAGCUUAUAUGCACAUCAAACUGACAGUACCCCAUUUUCAAAACCUGUCAGCAACAAAACGAAUGAAGAAGGUCAAGCAGAAUUAACAUUAACAGUUUCAGGUUUUGCUGGACAGGCUAACAAGAUCGUAGGAAGCCAACAGCCAGCAUUGAAAAAAACUGCACCAUUUCCGCCGCAACAGCAGAAGCAGUCGGUUCAUGUACCAUUUGCAGUCGAGUUAGGUAAAGCUGGAAGGCGACCUGGUUUUGCUAAACCACCUCCCGUCUAUCAAAAUUUACCUAAAAAUUUCGAUAUAAAUGUGGUAGACUUGGACUCUCAAUCACUUUCAUACUCAAUGGACGAUCUUUCUGACGCUAGCUCUGUUGGGCGCGAAAGUCCAUCGCAUCGACAGAGAGAUCAUAAUCAGAAAUGAAAACUAUAUUAUAUCAACAGAAUAAGAAUUCAAAUAUAUGAAAGCCAAGAACAAAA